CCGCAGCCGGGGAGGGCGUUUGUGCGUUUAUAUAUGGGGCGUGCACCCUAGUCGCGGAGUUCCAGCAGUCAGAGAGCUGCCCUGUGAGUUGCGGCCGUCGGUUUGGCUGUGCAUCCGCUCUUCCCAACUGUGCGGGGAAGCUGGCUGAUUUUAGACCAUUUCAGAUUUCCAGUGAUCAGCCCUCUCCUUAUCCAGUCGUGGCUCAUCCAAAGCUCCCGAGGAAAGUGGGAUCUUUCGGUCCUUCUUGCAUUUCCGACCAUUACAGGAUCUAGAAAUGUCUGCAACGCUCUUAUCUGCCUUCUACGACAUCGACUUCUUGUGCAAGACCGAGAAAUCCCUGAGCAACCUGAGCAGCAUGCUGGACAAGAAGGCAGUGGGCAGCCCAGUGGGCGCUUCUCCCAACUCCAACUUCGGGCCGGGUUUUCUGCGGAGGCACUCCACCAGCAACCUGCAGGCUCUGGCUAACGGCAACGCCAAGUUCCCCGGCAGCGGCGGCUCGUCGUCCUCGCCCUCUUCUUUCGGCAACCUCAAGGAGCCCGGCGGAGGAGGAGGCGGUGGUGGAGGGGGGAGCAGCAGCCCCACCGCCUUGCUCAACAAGGAGAACAAGUUCCGCGACCGCUCCUUCAGCGAGAAUGGCGAGCGCAGCCAGCACCUCAUGCAGCAGCUCCAACAGCAGCAGCAAGUGGUGGUGGUGGCAGCCGCGACCACCACGGGCAAGGGCGGAGGAGGCGGGAACGGCGGGGCGCCCAUCAACUCCACGCGCUACAAGACGGAGCUGUGCCGGCCCUUCGAGGAGAGCGGCGCCUGCAAGUACGGCGAGAAGUGCCAGUUCGCCCACGGCUACCACGAGCUGCGCAGCCUCACGCGCCACCCCAAAUACAAGACGGAGCUCUGCCGCACCUUCCACACCAUCGGCUUCUGCCCCUACGGGCCCCGCUGCCACUUCAUCCACAACGCCGACGAGCGCCGCCCAGCGCCCGCCAGCGGUAACGCCAACCCGCCUCAGCCCCCGCCGCACCAGCCCAGCCCGCAGCCGCCUCCCCGCAGCAACAACCACCACCAGCCCCACCUGCACCCUCCGCACGCCGGCAGCACCGGCGACCUCCGCGCCUUCGCCCCCUCCGCCCGGGACCACGCGCUGGGAGGCAGCGGCGGCGGCGGGUUCGGCAUUCCUCACGGCCGCGGAGGAGGGGGAGACCGGCCUAAACUACACCACAGCCUCAGCUUCUCCGGCUUCUCAGCCCAUCACCACCAGCACCACCACGGCGGGGCCGUAGCGGCUGCGGCGGCCGCGCUGCUCCUGGAGAGCCCCGGCGGGUCCCGCACGCCGCCACCGCCCGCCUCUUUUUGCGAGGAGCUGGUGGCCUCGCCGCCCUGCGCCAACAACGCCUUCGCUUUCUCGGCCGGGCAGGAGCUGGGCAGCCUCCUCGCGCCGCUCGCCCUCCACGCCCCGCCGCCCCAACAGGGCUGCUUCCCUGCUGCCGCCUUCUACCGCUGCCACCAGCAAGCAGGAGGAGGAGGGGGCUGCUGCCCGCCGCCGCCGCCCGGCCCGCCUGCCUCGCCGCCCUUCAGCUUCCAGCCCUUGCGGCGUCUCUCCGAGUCCCCCGUCUUCGACGCCCCUCCGAGCCCCCCGGAUUCGCUGUCCGACCGUGAGAGUUACCUGAGCGGCUCCCUCAGCUCCGGCAGCCUCAGCGGGUCGGAGUCCCCCAGCCUGGACUCGGGCAGACGCCUGCCCAUCUUCAGCCGCCUUUCCAUUUCCGACGAUUGAGGCGGGCAGGGGAAAGAAGGGGGUGGGGGUGGGAGAAAAUCUUCCCAAAAUUGGCAAAUCUCUGAGGACUUGUUUUAUUUUUAAGGUCUCUUGGCGGUGAUUCCUCAGGGGGAGCAGCUACCCCCCUUCUUUGCCUUGUCUUUUCAACAGCCAAGCUCGCACAGACCUGCCUUCCUUUUGUUGCAGUCCUUUCUUUUCCUUUUCAGUGUAUUUUUUUUUUGAGAGAAAAAAAUCCUUUGCUGAGCAAAUUCAGAGAGAGGAGGAAGCAAAACCUUUUUUCUUUUUAUCAAGAGAUGAACAAAAGAGCUAAGAUUGUGAAAGGAAAAUGGUGACAUCACAGAACAAUCCUAUUUUUGUAUGUUAAAAAGACUUUGGAAGGAGAGGAUUUUUUCUUCCCCCCCCUCCCCCUUUGGACAUUAGUACGUCACCAGCAGCCAUUCCAUCUUCAAGUGUGUAUGUGGGGAGGGCAGGAGACAAAGGGUGAAAUGAGCGUUAGCAAACAAAUAUGCCCAAUCCUACUCCCACAGGAAUUAACAAUCAGUCUGGAGACCCACGAACUCUUCAUUCCAGGUUCCUCCAGAUCUAUAUAUAACAAAAAUAAUUUAAGGAGUGUGUGUGUGGGGGGGUUGCCUUUCAAUCAGAUUUAAAGUAUACUAAAUGUAUAAGCUUUUAAAAGAAAAAUCCAACAUCCUGCCAAGAAUAUGCCUUGAUAACAACACUCUAGUUUUUUAUAUACCUAUAUAUAUUAUAACAUGCUAAAACUUCCAUUCCAAAGUUUAAUAUUGGUUCCAUUGCCACCACUUAGUGGAUGUUUGGCUUAGAACAAGUUUUGUUGCUUUAUUUGGAAGCAUUCAACUGAGUUUAGUUUGUAAUUGUUGGCGAAUAACUGCUGAUUUUUUAAUUUUUUUAGCUGUGUGAGUUGAUUGCGCAAGUCACUGCACAACUCAAAUAUGAAACUAUUUAACUUAUUUAUUAUCUUGUGAAAAGUAUACAUUGGUAAUUUGUUCAUACUGUAUUUAUCGGGUAUGAUGAAAAGCAAUAGAUAUAUAUUCUUUUAUUAUGUUUAAAUUAUGAUUGCCAUUAUUAAUCGGCAAAAUGUGGAGUGUGUUCUUUUCACAGUAAUAUAUGCCUUUUUGUAACUUCACUUGGUUAUUUUAUUGUAAAUGAGUAAAAUUCUUAAUUUAAGAGAUUGUAUGUAAUAUUUAUUUCAUUAAUUUCUUUUCUUGUUUACGUAAAUUUGAAAGAUUGCAUUGGCUUUUUUAUAGAAAUCUGACUCAGUUCUGUGGAAGUAGUUUGAGAAACUUCAAUGGGUUUUAGAAUGUACAAUGGUUGUAUAACCCGUCCAAGCUAUUAAAAAAAACCUACUUUGCAAUCAGAAUUUAAAGUGGCAAACCUAAUUCAAACUUUUAAAAUUAACCAAAAAGUAUUCAAGUUGCCUAACUUCACCAAUCACACUGUGAUAGUCUCAAAGUAUGUAGCAAUAAGGGGGGAGGGUCCCAGUAUUAUGUCUCACAGUGCCUUCAUAAGGGUUCAUGCUUGCCUUAAAUCUUCCUCAACCAAAUAAGUAUUUUUCUUAAUGCUUGAGAAUUUGAAUGUAGGGCUGGGUUUUUAACUACAAAAAAAAACUGUACCACUCAUUUUAUAAUUAAGGAGACCACCUUUUGGAUCUGAAACUUUUGAGUACAUGAUCAUAUCUAUAAUUAAAUUCCAAAAUAUGUAUUUUUUUUUCGUGUGUAGAAAGCCAGGAGUUCUCCAAAACUUUCCUGGAGGGUGGAUGAAUGAGCAGUACCUUAUAUUUUGUAUGUACAUAGGUACAGGUUCAGCACUAUGUACUCUUUGGACUACUUUAACAGAAGUAUGUUUUGAAUGUAACUAGAGGAUAAGUCAAUUUGAGUUGUAAUAUAUAUUUUGGAGAGUCAGUUCACUACAAAUUUGGAGUGUGAGACUGUAAACUUUGUACUGUAAAUGUUUUGUAGUUCUCCCAAUAAAACUUUUGAGGAAAAAAUCCCAAGCUAUUAAA